UUCACUUAAAACACCUCAGUGGCGAACGACGAUUCUAAGUACCCGCGCAAAAGUGAAAAAUGAAAUGGCGUUUUUUGGAAAUUUAACUAAUUUCGACCACAAAUCUGGCGAAUGGCAGAUUUUUCAUAGCAAAUUAAAGCAAUUCUUUGUGGUGAAUAAAGUUGUGGAUGAAGAGGAUAAGCGUGCCCUUUUAUUCACUCACUUAACGGACGAAACCUACCGUUUGUUACGUAACUUGGCUCACCCAAAAGAAUUGGAGGUUCUAGAAUUCAAAGAGCUAGUGACAAUACUCGAUGGCCACUUCAAGAAAAAGCAGUGUACGUAUGCGGACAAGGCCAAGUUUUAUGCUGCGACGAGAGCACCAAGCGAGAGUUUAGGAGACUGGGCAGCGCGAUUAAGAGGAUUGGCAACUUAUUGCAAUUUUGGCGCGGCCUUGGAGGCGAAUUUAGCUGAUCGUUUCAUCCUAGGCUUGGGCUCGGGGCCCGAGCGAGAUAAGUUAUUUGAAAAAACAGCUACUCUUUCAAUGGCUGAGGCCCUGGAGAUCGCAGAGAAAGCGGCGGUUGCUAGGGAAGCCAAGACGGAGAUGGCGGCAACCAUCAAAGAAGAGCCCGUAUUUUAUGGGGCUAGCGGGGGGCACGCAGGGCACGGUCGGGGCGGUUGGAGCAGGAAAGGGCGUCGCGACGGUAGCGGUGGCGGCGCUGGCAGCCGGCCGGCCGCAGGCGACCAGCGACCGCAAGAUGAUUCCCGAUGUGCCGUGUGUGGAAUGAGGAACCAUGGUGAAGAUAGUUGUCGUUACAAACGAUAUCGUUGCCAGAAAUGUGGAGAUAUAGGACAUUUGAAAAAAGUUUGUAAGGGCAAGAUGUCUCGCGUAAACUGCAUCGUGACCGAACGUGAGGAACAUGGAACUGAGAGUGAAGGACCUGAGCAGUGUUGUAGGGAGUGCCAAAUUUUUAAUUUGAGGAACUGAGUGGGAGUGGGGAGAGCGGCAGCGAGCCGCCAUACGCGCGGUGCGCAGGGAGCUGGCGUCCGAGCGCGUGCUGGCGCACUUCGAGCCCAGCGCGCAGCUGGUGCUCAGCGCCGACGCCGGCCCGGGCGGCCUCGGCGCUCUGCUGGCGCAGAGGACCGCCGACGGCCAGGAGAGACCGCUGGCGUUCGCAUCCCGCUCCCUCACCUCCAGCGAACGUAACUAUAGUCAAAUUCAGAAAGAGGCAGCAGCGUUGAUAUUCGCUGUAAAGCGUUUUCAUCAAUACCUAUACGGCCGGAGUGAGCCAUUUAUUCUAAAAACUGACCAUAGACCAUUAGUUUCGAUUUUCAAUCCUAAAAACGGAAUAUCAGCAACGACAGCGCUACGUCUUCAGAGGUACGCUAUUAUACUAUCUGCAUAUAACUAUACUGUGCAAUAUAUUUCUAGUAGUAACAAUUUAGUAGCAGAUUAUUUCUCCCGCGCGCCCGUAGCGGACAUGUGCAGUGAUAGCGAUAAGGAAUUCGAUUCAUUAUGUGCACUAAAUUUUUUAGAUUCGGUAUCUUCGGCGGUAACUGCGCAAGAAAUUAAAAAAGCUACCGAAGCCGAUUCAAUUCUUAAAACGGUAAUUAAAUAUAUGAACAAGGGUUGGCCGCGUAAAAUUAAAUGUAAAUCGGUCCAACCUUAUUAUAAUUGCAGAAGUGAUUUACAAUUCGAAAAUGGAUCUUUAUUACGAGGGCAUAAGGUCGUAAUUCCAUUAUCACUUAGAGAUCGCAUGUUAAAUGAAUUGCAUAACACGCACUUAGGUAUAGUUAAAAUGAAAUGCAACGCGCGCAGUAGGAUGUGGUGGCCGGGUAUCGACCAGGAUAUCGAGCGCUGCGCGGGCGCCUGCAUGGCCUGCGUGGCGCUGCGGCCGGCGCCCCCGCGGGAGCCGCCGGCGCCGUGGCCGCGCGCGCCCCACCCCUGGCACCGGGUACACAUCGACUAUAUGACGAUAGGGCAAAAGGUAUACUUAAUUGUAGUCGAUUCGUAUAGUAAAUGGGUGGAUUGUAUAUUUAUGCAAAAUGGUACUAGCACACAAUCGUUAAUAGCAAAAUUAAAGUACAUUUUCUCUUUAUUCGGUUUACCUAAAGUUUUAGUAUCCGAUAAUGAUGUGAAAAUUCAUUGCGCCGAAUUUAAGUCAUUUUGUUCUAACAAUGGUAUAAAAUAUAUGAAUUCGCCAGUAUAUCACGCAAAUAGCAACGGCCAGGCUGAAAACUCGGUGCGCACGUGUAAAAGAAUGCUAAAAUACAUAUUAAGGGAAAAUAUAUCAUCAAUGUACGACAUACAUGAGAAAUUGUUAAAUUACUUGUUUGUAUAUAGGAAUACU